AUGUAUAUAAAUUCACUUGAAACACGUUAUAAAGAACAUGAACGAUCCCCAAUCCCAUUGGAAGGCGAAUCCUACUUUUACCGACAUCAACCAGUAAAAUUUCGCGUGGAGGUUGAAGGAACUCCCAAAAAACAAUACUCAGAAACCGGAAAAAUAUUCCUUACGGAUAAGCGACUCAUGUUCAUCGCGCAAAUACCUUCCUCAAUUGAUGGUAAUUUUGAAACGUUUCAUGUGAUGUUGGAUGACGUUAAUUCAUCCAUUAUAUCUUCUCAUCGCAUCUUUAAGAGAAAUACAUUUACUGUAAGGAUUACAUUGAGAAAUGGUGAGGUGUUUAUAAUGUCACUUGGUUAUCAGAGAAAAGAUUUGGAGGCGAAAAAGAUCUUUCGGGAUUAUUAUGGGAUGCUAUUGGUUCGGAAAGGACAAUCUUGUGUCAUGUGA